CGACCAAUCGCUCGUAAGAGAAUCGGUAAAUUCUAUUCUGGUCUAGCGACAAAUUAUGCAGUUGUGAUUGGAGCUAAACCUGGUGAUCGUCGGUACUUCAGAGGACGUGUUGCCUGUAUGCAAGUAUUUGGCAGAGCGUUGUCAGCUGCUGAAAUCAGAAUGCGAAUGAAGACAUGCUUYAGACCAGUACCUCCGGUACCACCUAAACCAACGCGUCCUCCACCCACAGCGUCACCCAAAGUAUGCAAUCGCCGUAUCGACCUUGGUUUCCUUAUUGACGUUUCUUCACGAGUUGGUCGUACCAAUAUAAAAUACAUUCGUCUCUACGUUAAAGAGAUGGUUCGACGGUUUAGAGUUACCUCGCGUCUAACUCGUGUCGGAAUUGUCACCUAUUCUUCCCGUCAGCGAAGAAUCAUCAGGCUAACCCGUGCGAGAUCRAACCGAGAUGUUAACAGAGCUCUUGGACGAAUCCAAAUCAGACGAGGCCGAAGACGAACUGGAAGUGGUUUGCGCUAUGCCAAAAGAUACUUGUUUGAAGGAAAACCCAAAUGUGGUAGAAAGAGAGUCCUUAUUGUACUUACGACUGGAGCAUCUGCAGAUGGAGUCAGACGACCAGCGAAAUCCUUGGAAAACAUCGGUGUUGAGAUCUUUGUCGUGGUGCCUAACAAAGGUGGACGAAAACAAAUGCACCAGAUUGCCACUUCAAGACUUCACGUGGUUACGAUGGCCUAUGCACGACUGAUCAAUAUUGUGGCUC